AUGGAUUCACGAGACGACUACCAGUAUCGACCGGAAUACACUUUCAUCGAGCGCCAACCACUAGGAGUCAAAGACAGGAACCAAUGCAGCGAUCCUCUUUACGACCAACCCAAGCGGGGAAAUUACUCGUCAGUACCACUGUGCGAUCACCAGGAAUUAUUUCUAGACUGGACUCUAGACGACCUCGACAAUCGCAAAGGCACCUGGAUUCUCAACAUCCAGAAAUAUGAUGACGUUUCGCCUUGGUCAGAGCACCAUCGCUGCGGUGGAGUACAUGUGCCCAAUAUGGCUGAUGCCAUGGCGACGAAGAUGAUCAAGAAAUUCAUCCGACUGGAGAAUGAGCAGAUCAGCGACCGAGACAUCGCUGAUGGAAAGGCGCCUCGACGGAUACCGGCCAAGCAGCGCCUGACACGAGAGCUGUGCAAUAUGUACAAUCAGAUUCAACGUACGAAGGAUGAUAAACCUGUUGAUAAAAAAGAAACUCUCCGCAAGAGUCUUGAUCCAGCUGAGCUGCGCAAAGAGUUGGCUGAGGAGACGCUUCUAAGAGCUCAGAAGUCGAUUCAAGGCGAGGGCGCGGCGAAGCCUGUCAAUGAAGAUAACUCGAGAGGUGGUAGCGACCCAUCCUCUCAUUCAAGGAAAAGCAAGACUCCAAAGCAAAUUGCCGAAGAGAAGGUAGCUCGGAGCAGGAAGCGAAAGGGAUUGAGCGACAUCGUCAGGAUCCCUUCUGAGCCACUGAACCGUUUCAAA